AUGUUUUAAUGUUCAAAUGAACAUUGUGAUUUUCAAGUUUUUUGUGAUCUUGCUAGAUAAAGCUCUUGGAGGGGAAUAAAUUUAGGGUUCCAAAAAAUAUUACAAAAAACUAAAACUUAAGUAAAAUUCAAUUUGAGGAAUAAUUUUUUUAAUCAUCAUACAAUAAAUUAGAAUCUUUUCUCAAAUAAACUUAGUUAUUUAAAAAAGACUUUCUAUAAAUAAUAAAUCAAGUUGCUGAUAACUUCGAUUUUUUUGACGAAAUUGUUGAAAAAACUAAAAGAAGGGUGUGAAUAAUAUAGCUUAACUUAUGAGAAUGACUUUUUAUCUAAACCCUAUCAAUUUGUAGAAUUAGAAAAUAACAAUUUUAAGAAAAUAUAAUAACAAUAAAUGAUAAACAUUGACCUUAGACAUCUUAGUAUUUGCCAGUGUUAAAAUAUCAUCAAAGAUAAACAAUUGAUCAAAAUUGAAUUAAUUCUAAGCAUCAAAUUUUAAUGA